GGCCGAAUCGCUGCAAACUGCAGGACAUGCUAGCAAACCUGCGGGAUGCUGAGGAAUUGCCCCCUGCGCAGCCGUCGGCAGCCCCCCCCGCGCGGCCCAGCAUGGUCCGCCCCGGCGAACAUGAGGCUGGCCGUGCCGACGAGGUGGAAGCCAUGACGUUCCCCCCCACAUCCGGGAAGUCGUUCAUCAUGGGCGCAGGCGAGGCGAUGGAGAACGAGCUGGGCCUGGGGGAACUGGCAGGCCUGACGGUGGCCAAUGAGGCGGAUAACCUGACCUACGAC